UGGAAGCUGGAGCGAGAGUCGGAGUCGGCGGUUGCAGUGGAGGCGGUGAUGUCGGUGCAGGUUGUGUCAGCAGCGGCAGCCGCCAAGGUGCCUGAGGUGGAGCUGAAGGAUCUGAGCCCCUCCGAGGCGGAGCCCCAGUUGGGACUGAGCGCGGCGGCCGUGGGCGCCAUGGUACCCCCGGCGGGCGGCGGGGACCCAGAGGCUCCAGCUCCGGCUCCGGCGGCGGAGCGGCCCCCGGCCCCCGGCCCGGGCUCGGGGCCCACCGCGGCUCUAAGCCCUGCGGCCGGGAAGGUCCCUCAAGCGUCGGCCAUGAAGCGGAGCGACCCUCAUCACCAGCACCAGCGGCAUCGCGACGGCGGCGAGGCCCUGGUCAGCCCCGACGGCACGGUCACCGAGGCGCCGCGCACGGUCAAGAAGCAGAUCCAGUUUGCUGACCAGAAGCAGGAAUUCAACAAACGUCCCACCAAAAUUGGACGUCGCUCUUUGUCUCGUUCCAUCUCUCAGUCAUCUACUGACAGCUAUAGCUCAGCUGCCUCAUAUACAGAUAGCUCUGAUGAUGAGACAUCCCCCAGGGACAAGCAGCAAAAGAACUCUAAGGGAAGUAGCGACUUCUGUGUGAAGAACAUCAAACAAGCUGAGUUUGGACGCAGAGAAAUUGAAAUUGCUGAGCAAGAGAUGCCUGCCUUGAUGGCUUUAAGGAAGAGAGCCCAAGGAGAAAAGCCUUUGGCUGGAGCCAAAAUUGUGGGUUGUACGCACAUCACUGCUCAGACAGCCGUGCUUAUGGAGACGCUGGGUGCUCUGGGGGCACAGUGCCGAUGGGCUGCCUGCAACAUCUACUCCACCCUCAAUGAAGUGGCUGCUGCUCUCGCAGAAAGUGGGUUUCCCGUCUUUGCCUGGAAAGGAGAGUCAGAAGAUGACUUUUGGUGGUGCAUUGACAGAUGUGUGAAUGUGGAGGGCUGGCAACCAAACAUGAUAUUGGAUGAUGGAGGAGAUCUUACUCACUGGAUUUAUAAAAAGUAUCCCAAUAUGUUUAAGAAAAUCAAAGGCAUAGUCGAGGAGAGUGUUACUGGAGUCCAUAGGCUGUACCAACUGUCCAAAGCUGGGAAGCUGUGUGUUCCAGCCAUGAAUGUCAAUGACUCAGUCACUAAACAGAAAUUUGAUAACCUCUACUGUUGCCGUGAAUCUAUUCUUGACGGACUUAAAAGAACAACAGAUAUGAUGUUUGGUGGAAAGCAGGUGGUGGUCUGUGGCUAUGGAGAGGUGGGAAAGGGCUGCUGCGCUGCUCUGAAAGCCAUGGGCUCCAUCGUGUAUGUGACUGAGAUUGACCCCAUCUGUGCCCUGCAAGCCUGUAUGGAUGGAUUUCGACUAGUGAAGCUAAAUGAAGUCAUCCGACAGGUCGACAUUGUUAUUACUUGUACAGGGAACAAGAAUGUGGUAACCAGAGAGCACUUGGACCGUAUGAAGAAUAGCUGCAUCGUUUGUAACAUGGGCCAUUCCAACACCGAGAUUGAUGUGGCCAGCCUGCGGACACCAGAACUGACCUGGGAGAGAGUAAGAUCCCAAGUGGACCAUGUGAUAUGGCCAGAUGGCAAGAGGAUAGUGCUGCUGGCAGAGGGCCGUCUACUGAAUCUCAGCUGCUCCACAGUGCCUACAUUUGUGCUCUCCAUCACUGCUACCACUCAGGCUCUUGCCUUGAUAGAACUUUACAAUGCUCCUGAGGGUCGCUAUAAGCAAGAUGUGUACCUGCUACCCAAGAAAAUGGAUGAGUACGUGGCAAGCCUACACCUGCCCACCUUUGAUGCCCACCUGACAGAGCUGACAGAUGAACAAGCCAAGUAUCUGGGACUCAACAAGAAUGGACCAUUCAAGCCUAACUACUACAGGUAUUAAGUUCCUGUAAUGCAAGCCAGAAGACAUGUUAAGGAAUAGAACCAAGCCUUUUCUCAAAUACUAUCCAAGGAAGAACCUAGCAAGCUGCUUCUCCUCAGAGCUGCCCGCCGUGCUCAUCCUGUGUGUUAGGUUAUUUAUUUAUUAAAAUCUAGAAUCCUGUGCCUGUA